AUGCGCUGUGGCCUUUGCCUUAAGGCUGUAGAUAGUUGUAGUUCAUCUUUGAAUUUGAAAGGAUCCUCCUUCAAAAGCAUUAGUAAGUAUCUAUUCCACUUCCUUAUCCACCUUGAAUACUGGAAGGUAGACGCAGGAGGAAGAUACUUUGUGGGUGUAAGUCUAAUUGCAGCCGGUGGCAGUGGUGGAAUUCUGAUGCCUGUCAUCAUAUGUGGCGGGACAAUGGGGUACUAAGACUACUUGCCUAUCCACAGGACGAUUCCACGUCCUCACGUAUCCGUUAUCGAUGUCUACUUUAUCGUCAGCUCCUCUUUGAUGUUUGUAAGUAAAAGAGCGUGGUACCUAGUACUAGUACAACUCAGCUCUUAACUUAUCACUUCUAUUAAAACAGUAUUGUGCUUGUGCAACUGCAACUGCAAUGAAACAGCUCCUUAGGCUUAGGUACUUAGUCACUUAUGCUAGAACUCCAACACGGAGCGAAGGCAUGACAUGACCAAGACCCUUUUUUACUCUCUAUCUCCGCAGGUACGUUCUGCGUGGUCUCAUAUAUGCGUUAUUUCAGUACGAGUGUGGGCAAGUCGCCAUAGUCCUAGGGAUGGCUUCAUUUUUUGCAGCUCUGACAAGAUUGCCUCUCACCGCCACUAUCCUCAGUUGCGAAAUGUCGGCGAUAUUGUAACAAAUUUUGAUUUCUGCUUUUUAAAUCGAUUAUUCUCAAGAAGAUCAUGUUGUAUGCUGCUUACAUAGAGUCAGUUAGAUUGAGUCUCCGUUUCGUCAUCCGAUGCUGAUCAAUUGAUUCCAUUAGUAGACGUAGACCUCUAUAAUUAAAUUCAGCUAGUAGUAGCUCCUGUUCACCCCCCGCACCCCACACACAAGUGUCAACAUGACCAACCUCUUCAGCUUGAUCUUGAAAUAGCAAUACAUAGUGAUAGUGGUAGGAUUACUCUACUAGUGUCAUCUACUGUUACCUCCUCAAGUUGAGCAUGUUGCUACUCUAUUUCUAUCUCAUCACAUGCAGGACGGUCGAUGAAAAUUUGAUUUUCCCUAUUUUGUUGGCGGCGAUUGUUAGUUCACGGCUAGCUGGUCUUUUUCAGCAUUGUACUGUAUUUGAGAGAAUGAUGCUGCAAGACGGCAUAAAUCCGCUUACCAUCGGCGAGCAAAUUCACAAGACGGUCCAGAUUGACCGAACGGUAUCAUUAUAUUUGUAGAAGAUCAUAGUUCAUCUUCAUACCAGUUUACAAUCAUCCUAGUACCCCCUGUCGUGGUAGCGGUAAUGGCGAGUGCUCUACUUGACCUAGGAAGUAGACACUGUUAACGCUGGUGUUAUCAAUUCAUCCUAGAAAGAUACACAGCGAUAUUAUGUAGAGCAAGCUGUUCCCGUUGUAUCGGUUCAUUGUCUUUCUCCAUUGACAUCCGGACGACAGACGAAGCAAGCAAUGAUCCGCUCAAGGCGGUCGGCAAUAGCACCCGACGACUUGACACGAGCUUCACUCGCCCAGGCAGCCGCAUCACGAGGCUUAGCAGACUUUCUGGCUCAAAGGCAACGUGGCUCCAACAGUGCGGGAUGGGCCAGAUCAGACACGGAAAUGAGUUAAGUGCCCUACAAUUAGACACAGAAAUGAGUGGAAGUUGAGGAUAUAGCUACGUUGUAUUGCAGUUAUUUAGAGCGAUGGCUAAUCAACUUCAACAAGGCAAUAGACGAGUGUUGGACAUGUACUAACAUAUAACAAGGAGGAGACUUGUACUUGUUGAAACAGAACAAGUAGAAGUUGUACGAGGACCAUAGAUACGGUUAAAAACAGCUACAAAUCAACAAAAUAAUGAAGUAGACCUCCACCAAAUUAAACUUGUUCUUGUACGUGAGUAAGUAAAAGUAAAUCAUAUUCCUUGAUGUUCCUAAUCAAAAAUUCGGCUAGGAAUUAAUCGCUCAUGGUUCUAAGAUAUCGGACUUGGUGUUGGUGGUCGGGGUGGUGGUACGAGUCAGGUAAUUGGUAUAUCGCAUGUGAAGAGCCUUCCGCAGGAUAGAACGUCGCUGGGUUUUCAGAUACACCAUCAGUUUGGCCCUCUGUCUACUAUAGGCGGAUCAAGCAGCUCCUCUACCUCUCAUCCAAAUGUAAAUGCCAACGUAACUAGCGGAAAUGGAGCUGGCGGAGCGAACAUUUAUGAAUUGGAUAUGGUAGGCAUCCGUUCGCGGACUUUGUCGAAUUGGUUUCAUUCCGAAUUUCAGUAAAGGUAAAGAGCAUUGAUGUUCUUCUUUGUAUGUUUGUACGGCGAGGUAUCUAUUGAACCCGAAGUCGAACUUGUUGUACUAGAAGUAGCAGUGAUCUACAUGUAUGCAAUUAUGGAUAGUACAUAUUAUUAUUAAAACCUUCUUCCAAAGAUUAACGUGAAGACUACAAUACAUUGAACAACCUGUUGAUGAAGCCGCACACACAGACUCGAAUUCCAGUUCUACUACCUUUUAGUUCGUUCAUAAUGUUAACGAAGAAGAUGACGAUCUUUUGAGCAGUCGCAAGUCACUACGGAUCGGAAUGUCGGACGAGCCUGCCUCAGACGAUGAUACUCAAGCUGACACAGAGAGUAGGCCAUCAAAAGGACCUCCGAUAAUUAUGUGAGUGACGACAUGAACUUCUCUCAGUACUGGUACUACUGGUAAUCAUUAUUCAAUCAGAAUCAGUGAAUCAACACUGAGGCCAGUAUCUUCACGACGUAGAACUAGGACAUCACAACAUUUUAUUAUGUUUCUUGCAUGCAUCCUACAGUAGACAUGCUAGUUUUUCGAACAACUGGGUCUUGGGGUCCACUACCUCUGAAUAUGCACGAACUUGUAAGUACUAUUUGCGGAGUUUGAGCAAACACAUUAUUGCAGUGUAGAUCUAACGCAUACUAACGCAGGCUCCGCAACAAAACUUGCAGUAGUACCUUCAUGCUCUCCGCAGAAUCCAAUGUAGAGUAAAUCAAAAUCUUCAUUUGAGCCUUAACUAAUUGAACAUUUUUAAAAUCUUCAUCUUUAAUAGAAGCAUCUGUUCCUCUAAUUCAAAACGGCAUUCGAUUGUGUCGAAGAAGCAUUCGCUCAGAAGCAGCAUCCAUUCGCUGCUGAGCCCUUCGCCAAGCUUAUUUACCAGUUCACCAAGUAUUAUAUAUAUUUCUUCGUGAUUUAGUUUUGGGUUUUAAUCAAGUUUGUUCAGUUCUUAUGAUAAUAUACAUAGAUACAUAGGAUAUAAUGUUUUUGAUAUUCCACGUCGAUACUCGAGAAUUUCAAGUUUGUUCAGUUCUUAUACAUAGAUCAUACAUGGCCCAUCCAUAACAUCAACAUCGAUACUCGAUUAUUAUAACUAAAAUUAUGUUCUGGAUAUUCAAUUGAUUUCGUCCAUUCCGAUCCAUCAUCAGGCGUCGUGCAAUUUACGGGUGGUGGACAGAUGAAUCCUGGACAGAGGUCGAUGGUGAGUGACAAUGUGACGCUGUUGUACAGGGCGAUGGAGCACAAAGCGCAGCAGGCGUCACGCCGAGCUUCGCGUAACUCAACGGUGGAAAGUAUGGAAAGGAAUAGUAAGCUUCGUUUGGUUAUAAUCUCAGGGACAGAAAGACCAAUAGAAUAAAGUACUUAUACAUAGAUACAUAGUACACGUACAAUAGAUAUAGAUACCCAUGCAUCACCUAAAAAAAGGAGGGUUUUGGUUAGUAUCAUCAUGGAUUCCCUGAAAGAUGGUCCUAGUAUCCCUAAAAAAUAGACGUCGUACCUUGUUCAGGUAGGCUUAUCAAAGAUAUAGAUUGCCCUGCACGGUGGUCCUCUUCAUUAUACUAGAAUAACGUAGACUCGUCGAGAUAUGAGGCUUCCUUAUUGCUGAGAUGUGAGUAAUCACCCUGAAAUUCAGAGUUUUUGAGGUGCCGGGGUAGGCUUGUUGAAGUGUGACGAGUAAUCUGAUUCAUUGCGACCUGUCUUCAUAUUGAGGCAUAUAGGAUUGCUACGUGGGAGCACGACGGCACAGACCAUGCCCGCGUCGUUGAACGGUGGGACCGUAGGAGGUCUACUAAGUGCCGGAGGCGUGGGAGGAAUGUUCGCGCACCAACUCUAUGUUAUGGCGUGAAAGUUGUAAAGGGAAGAUGGAGUGAGCAGGAAGAUCUUGUUGGGUAACAGAUAUUUCUGAAGAGUGUAUCUUGGUAUCGCCCGCCAUCUGGUCUCUAGGGUGGUCGAGAAUGACCAUAACAGGGGCACAUACAUACAAGAGUGUAUUCUUGUAGCUGCUUCUUUCUUGACACAGAUAUGCUUUAGCUUUUCCUGUAUGAUUUCAGAAAUUCUCCAUUGAUUUGCGAUAGUUGAACAGAUCACGAUGAACUAUUCUUGGUCACAGACAACUGAUCGUGAACAGAAUAGAGCGCCAGCUUUUCUUUGUAGUUCAUCAGGUAGCAGUCUUUAAUGAAUGCAAUAACGCUUCGAGUUGCGCAAGUGUGGUUCCCAGCGCCUCGUCGCCCACCGGUGCAACAAAUGCAGCGUCGCCUGCAGGCCUUACUGUUAUGUGGUAGAAGGACGGGGUAUCUUCUGUUGUAGGGAGGGUCAAGGUCUUGAAAAUAAGGAUCAGUCACUUCUGUUGUAGGGUCUUGAAAAUGAGGAUAGUAUCAUACGAGAGCUCCACGCAGAAUCAAUAUAGGCGAGAUAGCAACUGACGAAGCAACCGCAGCACGCAGUUGCUAUCCACACUUUUUAUGCAUGAGUAGUUCUAGACAAAUAAAAAAAAAAUUAAGAGUUUCUGCGUAAUUAUAUAUAUAUAAGAUUAAGAAAGUAGUUAUCCUUAUCCCUGAGUGGGUAGGACUAGGAGUACUACAAGGGACACGAAAGAGUGAACUUUGUUGGCAUUUAAUGCUUCAUUCCCAGUGGCUCGAGUUCUAGCAGUUCAACUCAGCCAGAGCAUCUUCUCGAUACAACUGGUUUGGUGCCAGAAAGACGGAGCUUCGUAGGCCAUGGCCCAGCACGUGGAGGAAUGGACCAGCUGAAGGACAUGUUUCCAACCUCUAGUUAAGGCCACCGCUGAAGCAUCCCCCUACAUCAUGAUGACCCUUGUCCUUCUUUUCAAAGGGAAGAAGAAGUGUCCAACGAUAUGACUGACUCCCAGGGAAAAAAAUAUCCCACGCGGUAUGACCUCUAAUGUAGUGCGGACAUGACGAUUUUCCGCUUUCUGACUUCGUCAGCGCAACAAGCAGUGCGGAACAGUGUCGCAUCACCGCUGCCCCUCUUCCCGGAUGGCCUGGAACUACCAAGUGGGUCGGUAAUGUCAAGUUUCUAAGUGGGAACAAACUAGAAAAAAAAAUAGUCUCAUAAUAUGUUAGAUACAUGAAUACGUUGAACAGCGAGUUUUAUUUGUUCACCAUUUGUUUCUUCAGGGCUCAGUUAUGUGAGAAUGAACAUUAUUAACCCACAAAGAAUACUUAUUCUGAAGUAGUACUACUGAUUCUGAUAUAUCUUCAUCGAAAAUGUUGCAUCCCCGCGAUCAAGUUCAGGUAUCUUUUCCACCGAGUAGCUCGAUUCCUGAAGUCGAUGAGUCUCAGACGCUAGCUGCUGUUGAAGAUGCGAAGCGGCAAACGACGUUGCUGCAAACGGAGGACAUCGCGAAUCUUCCAGGGGCUAAAGAUGACGACAAGGGCUAGACGAUUCAAUAUUUUGCCACCCCUUCAAACUCUUGUCCACGAUCACCUGAGAACUUUUCUGAAAACUUUAACUUAUUAAUGAUGGAUACCUUGUUGUAUCUUACGCUUACCUUAUCGAAUCUGUGGUGCAGCCCACGGUCAAGAAUAGUGACACCUUUCAAUUCAUCGAACAUCGAUUAAGAAAUAUUUCAGACGCAAUAAUAUCAAAAAGAACUGAGUCGGUUCGUCAUUGACGGUCAAAAUAUCUCGAACUGAAAAUUGUAAGUAUGAACCUACUUUUCCAGAUAAGAUGUAAAUCGCUGUAGGUUUUCGUCGGGGCUAGUCCUGCGUAGCCUAGACUGCGUGCGCCUUCCAUGCGCAUGCGCACGGUGCCUAUACCAUGCGCUUGCAUCUUGCACACUUAACUCUAAUCAACUCGAACUAAGGUCGAAGAAUCGUAAUCCUUCGUUAUACGCAUUGUACGCGCGAUUAUAGGAGUACCUACAAGAAUCUACACUAAAAUCUUCAUUAUCGGAAAUAGACGCUACCAAACAAAUGGAUUUGCAGAGUAUGACAAUCUCUAUCUCGCGAAAAGAAAAGAUAAAUUGAUAGGGUGAAGAGCAGGAAUAGUAUUCUUCUCAAAGUUUCAACCCAGCCAGUGAUGCUUGAUAGUGAUAUUUCAGCUGCAGUCGUUUUGCGUGAUUUUGAAUCCUGAGCAGACUAACAGCCAAGAAGAAAGUAGGCCGUGGUCAUAUACUAGAUGAAGUUCUACUCUAACAACUAGUUUGAGUUUCGUCUUUGUUAUAGUUUGAUAAGAGUCUGCAAGAACAAAAGAAUUUCAUCGCAUGCGCAAGAACAAAAAGGUCGGGCUACAGGUAUUUUCCCCUUUAUGCAUAGCGAUUGCGCAAAAUCAGGAAAGGUCGAUUGUCCUCUCAUUCUUCUGGGUCAGCAUCAUGUUGCCAAACACCGACGAUCUCGGAAAGGUAGUCUAGCGCGACGCUUUUUCGUUUCCUUAGUUCUUCAUAGAUAUGCUUAGACUAUAAAAUUUUUUGUAUUAGUUAGGUGUCCUCCACCGAUGUAUUAGUACCGAUCUAACCUGUUGAUGAUGAGCUCACAGAUAGUAUUUUUAGCAGCCUCCGUGAUCACCUUUCUAUUUUUGAAAACACCCAUAAUAUAUCUCUGUGCAUGGUGAUAAGCAUAGUGCCACCGGUAGCAUAGGGCGGCGCACUUCACCGUACUGCAAAGCUUCUCGCUGCAUUUAGUUUUAGAUUUAGCAUAAUCCUGCAUUGAGUUCUCCCUCAUGUGAGCACACCCGCUGCGUGCCUGUCAUUGCAUUAAAAAAUGUAAGACACGUCUCAUUCCGAUUCUGCAUCGCAUUUCUGGAAUUUAAUAGAUGAACCCCGCUCCUUAUAACACAGCUAAAUACUAGAGUAUGAGUGACUGGGAUACAAAAAUUCUCGUUUACUCAAUCCCUCAUAUGGAGCAGCAUGAG